AUGAAUGAGACCCUCGAUGUCCUUCGAGGGUCUACUAUUGCGCAAGAACACGGAAAAGAUGCCGAGUCGAAGUUCUGGGUGACCUACAAGAAAAUUUCGAAUGAGUACGAUGACGACUUCCUCGAGCGCGCCCACAACGAUAUGGGAAUGAUCUUGACUUUUGCUGGUCUAUUCUCAGUCGUCACCUCAACCUUCAUCAUCGGAAUGCAGCCUAACCCGGGAGACACCACAAAUGACCUGCUGCUGCACCUGAUCCAAAUCACUGCUUAUGGCCCAAAUUCCGUACCUGACAUCAGCAGUCUUUCCUCGUCCACGGGCUAUUCUUCUUCCACAGUCUGGAUACAGACGCUUGCCUAUGCUAGCCUCGCGUUUAGCGUCCUGGCUGCGUUCGGAGCUGUCAUGGGGAAGCAGUGG